AUGUCUGGCGCACCUUCCGAAAAAGACAGCCAAAAGGUUGAAGUUCAUCCUGCUCAAAGUGUAGCUUAUGGAGAACUUCAAGAUUAUAUUUCUCAUCGUACUGGUGCUGGUCACCAUGAUGCUUUAAAUCUUGAUGCUCUCACUUCUGCUAAGGGUAAAAAGCUUUUAGAAAUGGCUCAGGCUGAUUUAGAAUUAGUUCAAGAAACUGGUUAUAAACCAGAGUUGAGAAGAAAUUUUAGUGUCAUCUCACUUUUAGGGGUUGGUUUCGGGUUAACAAACUCUUGGUUUGGUAUUUCAGCUUCCUUGAUUACUUCGAUUAGUAGUGGUGGUCCAAUGAUGGUUGUUUACGGUAUUAUAAUUGUCGCUUUUAUUUCCUCCUUUAUUGCUAUAACAUUGUCUGAAUUAAUUAGCGCAAUGCCAAAUGCUGGUGGUCAAUACUAUUGGACUAUGAAAUUAGCACCAAAGAAAUGGGCUGGUUUUGCAUCUUACAUGUGUGGUGCUUUUGCUUGGGCUGGAUCUGUUUUCACUUCAGCUUCUGUCACUAUUUCUAUUGCAUCAUCACUUGUUGGUAUGUACAUGUUAUAUCAUCCAGAUGAAGAACCUCAAACUUGGCAAGUUUUCGUCACUUACGAAAUCGUUAAUGUCUUGCUUGUCUUCUUUAAUAUUUGGGAAAAGCCAUUACCAAUGAUUUCUCAAAGUUCCUUGUAUAUUUCAUUAGCAUCUUUCUUUAUCAUCACCGUUGUUGUAUUAGCAAAAUCAGGUGGAGAAUUCCAAAGUGCACAUUUUGUAUUUGUUGAAUUCACAAACGGUACCGGAUGGUCAUCAGGUGGUAUUGCUUUCAUUGUUGGAUUAAUUAAUCCAAAUUGGUCAUUCUCAUGUUUAGAUGCUGCUACUCAUUUGGCUGAAGAAUUAUUGGAACCAAGAAAACAAAUCCCUAUUGCCAUUAUAGGAACUGUCAUUAUUGGUUUCAUAACAUCUUUUUCAUAUUCUAUUGCUAUGUUUUUCUGUAUUAAAGAUUUAGAUGGUCUUUAUACUUCAAAUACUGGUGUUCCAAUUAUGGAUAUUUUCCAUCAAGUAGUUGGUAGUAAAGCAGGAGCCAUCGGUCUUGAAUUCUUGAUUUUAUUAACUGCAAUUGGUUGUAAUAUUGCUUCUCAUACUUGGCAAGCAAGAUUAUGUUGGUCAUUUGCCAGAGAUAAUGGUUUACCUGGUUCAAGAUAUUGGUCUAAGGUGAAUGCUAGAACUGGUGUUCCAGUUAAUGCUCACAUUAUGUCUUGUGUUUGGUGUGGUAUUAUUGGUUGUAUCUACAUGGGAUCUACUAGUGCUUAUAACUCCAUGGUUAUUGGUUGUAUUAUUUUCUUAUUGAUGUCUUAUAGUGUUCCAGUUUUCUUCUUAUUGCUUAGAGGAAGGGAUUCAAUCAAGCAUGGUCCUUUCUGGUUAGGUAAACUUGGAUUAGUUGCUAACUAUGUUACUAUUGCAUGGACUAUAUUUACCACUGUAUUCUAUAGUUUCCCACCAGUAAUGCCAGUUACUGCUGGUAACAUGAACUAUGUCUGUGUUGUUGUUGCUGUUUUUGGUGCUUAUUGUGUUAUCUACUGGGUUCUUAGAGGUAAACAUAAAUUCACUACUACUGAUGACAGAGAAGGUCACAUUGAUGAAUUAACUCAACAAUUCUCAAACCAAUUAUCUCAAUUAGAAAUCAUCUUAUCUCAUGAAAAGCCUGUAUGAAGUGCUACAUAGAUAGAUAGAUAGAUAGAUAGAUAGAUGAGUCGUUCG